UCUGGCACUUCUGGUCUGGCUAUAAAAAUAUAUAAUUUGUGUUUAUCCUAUUUUUAAAAUAACAGAUUUUUCUAUAUAUAGUUGAAGAAAUAAAUUUAAAAUGGGAGUCCCCAAAUUUUUUCGCUAUAUUAGCGAAAGAUACCCAUGUUUAAGCGAAUUGGUAAAGGAAUAUCAGAUUCCAGAGUUUGAUAACUUGUAUUUGGAUAUGAAUGGAAUCGUCCACAUGUGCUCACAUCCAGACGAUAACAAUCCACAUUUUCGUAUCACAGAAGAAAGGAUAUUUAAAGACAUCUUCCACUACAUCGAAGUGCUUUUUCGUAUGAUACGUCCACAAAAGCUAUUUUUUAUGGCUGUGGAUGGUGUAGCUCCUAGAGCUAAGAUGAAUCAACAAAGAGGACGAAGAUUUAGAACUGCUAAAGAUUCUGAAAAACAAGAGGCCGAUGCUUUAAAGAAAGGAGAGAAAUUACCAGAUGUGGCACGAUUUGACUCAAAUUGUAUCACUCCUGGAACAGUCUUCAUGGCCAGACUGCACGAACAGUUAAAGUAUUUUGUAGUUAAUAAGAUAUCAAGUGAUCCGACUUGGCAGAAAUGUAAAGUUAUAUUGUCUGGGCAUGAGACACCCGGUGAAGGGGAACAUAAAAUCAUGGACUAUAUCCGAUACAUGAGGGCCCAACCUGGUUAUGAUCCAAACACAAGACAUUGCCUUUAUGGCUUAGACGCGGAUCUUAUUAUGUUGGGGUUGUGCACUCAUGAACCACACUUUAGUUUGUUACGUGAAGAGGUGAAAUUUGGCAAAAAAUCCACAAAAAGAGCCAAUGUCCCUGAGGAGAUCACAUUUUAUUUGCUACAUUUGUCUCUAAUGAGGGAGUACUUGGAACUAGAAUUUGCUCCCUUAAAAAAUAAACUUCAGGGGUUCCAGUAUGAUUUUGAGAAAAUUAUUGAUGACUGGGUCCUGAUGGGAUUCUUGGUGGGUAAUGAUUUCAUACCUCAUUUACCCAACUUACACAUAGCCAAUGGUGCUUUGCCCAUAUUAUACAAGGCUUAUAUAGAUGUAUUGCCCAGCUUAGAUGGUUACAUAAACGAAGCUGGCUCUUUAAAUUUGGCCAGGUUCGAGAAAUUUAUGGAGAAACUGGGCAGUAUAGACAUUGAGAACUUUGAAGAGAUCAGAGAGGAUCUCUUCUACAUGGAAACGAAAACGGGCAGGAAGUGGAAUGCUCAUCCCAAAGUCUCGACAAAGAACCUUGAGCAAUGGGCAUCGGAUGAUAAGGAAAUAACUUUAGAACCUCUGGAGCCCGAAAAACCAAGAGAUAGUGGAAUGCUUGCAUUAAUAAAUGAAACUAACAGUUUACUCUUAGAUACGUGGGAGGAAGAAACCGAACACUCGGACGAAGACGAUGCUUUUGAGAAUUUUAAAAAGGAUUACUACAUGAACAAAUUGGAAUACGCAAAUGUUACACCGGAAGUAUUGCGAGACCAAGCCGAAGGCUACGUACGAGCCAUCCAGUGGAAUCUCAACUAUUACUAUAACGGUUGCUGUUCGUGGUCCUGGUAUUACCCUCACCAUUAUGCUCCAUACAUAUCGGACAUCAAGGGUUUUUCAAAUUUGAAAAUUGAAUUUGAUCUGGGCACACCUUUUUUGCCUUACGAACAACUGCUGGCAGUGCUCCCGUCGGCUAGCAGAAAUUUAUUACCCGAGUGCUACCAUCGUCUGAUGCUGGACGAGGAUUCGCUGAUAAAGAAGUACUACCCGGAAGAUUUCCAGACCGAUCUUAACGGUAAGAAGCAGGAAUGGGAGGCGGUGGUCCUAGUUCCUUUCAUCGAUGAGAAUGUUUUGUUGGAAGCCAUGAGAGAGUGCAACGACAAGCUAACGCCGGAAGAGAAAAAGAGAAACAUGCACGGCCCAAUGCUGAUAUACAAGUACACACCGGAGAACAGAGGCCGCUAUCCCGCUCCCGAAUUCUUCCCCGUUCUGACGGAAAACCACGCGGAAAUUUCCAGCUUAAAUUAUGACGAAGUUUUGAUACCUAAGGAGAAAUUAGUGAAGGGGGCCUAUCCCGGAGUGAGGAUGAACGUUUAUUAUCCAGGUUUCCCUACGAUGAAGCACUUGAAAUAUAGGGCCGAGCUGAAGAAGGCAAAGAUAAGGGUGUUUGAAACUCCGAGUAGGAAUGAAAAUAUGGUCAUUAGCAUCAUUAACGACAAAUUUCCCGAUGAUAAGAUACCCGUGGAUCUACUGGGCACUUGCGUUUGGGUGGGGUGGCCCCACCUAGUUGAAGCCAAGGUUUCCUGUAUAUCUAACAAGAAGUGGAAAUAUAUAAGCAUGGGCGAAUCGAACGCUUACAACGUUGAAGCAAGGACGGGAAUGCACGAUUUCGACGACGAAGUUCAAGGCAUAAGAGAAUAUUAUCAUAACCGCAUGGGCAUAGAGGUGGGCGAGACGAACGUGUUGGUCCACGUACAAGUAAUGACCGGUCGGAGAUACGCGUUUUCUCAAAACGGCAGGAUAAAUUUGGAGAAAGUCUUCACGCCAAACAUCGCCUAUUAUCCCUUGCAAUCGAUCGUGUCCGAUAUCUCCACUUACGAUUCUUACCACUCGACUUUCAGAAGUAUACACGACGUUUUCCCGUUGGGUUCCACUUGCUUCAUACUUACAAAUCUGUAUUACGGUUCCCAGGGCAUAGUACAAGACAGCAAAGAAGCUUUGAAGAACGGCAGAGUAAAAAUUGGUAUUACGGUGACUAAGGAGCCCGAUCUGUCGAGCAUAAAAGAAAUGCACGCGAGGAUGGUGAGGAGCUACAAGGCGUUGUACCACGUGGCAAGUCAAUUAAGUAUUUCCAAUUUCUUAUUUUCGAGAAUAACGGGCUCGGUAUUCAUCACCGCUCGAAACGGAGAAGGCGGCCUGAAGUCUGUUAACGUCGGAUUGGAUCUGAAGUUCAACAAGAAGAAUAAAGAGACGCCCGGCUAUACGAAAAAAAUAGAGAACACGUGGCUGUACACCGAUCGGGCCGCAGAUCUAGUCAGGCAGUAUAUUGAGAAAUAUCCGGAAGUGAUCGAUUACCUCAGCCACGACGAGAGGUUCGACGACAUUAGCGUGGAGAGCAUAUUUAAGGACGAGUGGGAGGAGAAAUUGAAAGAGCUGCAGAAUUGGUUAAAAUCACUUCCGACGUAUUCGAUAGAGAGACAGGCUUGUGGCGGAUCUUCUCUAGAACUUGAAGAAGUGAACGAAAUUGAAAAAAUUGUGGAUGAAUCUCAGAAAGCUGUCACCGGAAGAACGACGAACAUUCAGAUCAAACCAAAUUUCUUGUACAGGUCCGAAGUACAAAACGGAACAUUACCGCCUGAUCCGAAGGCCAUCACGAAGGUCCUGGACAGAAUAGUAAAUGUGAGGAGCGGUUUUUCCGUUCCCUUAGGGCUCAAAGGCACCGUUAUAGCCAUACAGAAUUCCUCAUCGGGUUCCGACAGAGACACGAUGUACGACGUUGUAUUCGACAAGCCUUUCCCUGACGGUUUAAGUUUAAAUUGCUCCGAAGGCAGAGGGUACCGUCUGCCGAACACCGCUUUCAUCAACAUAUCAUUCGGCCAACGGGUCAUGGUGGAGAAGACCGGCAGACCAGAGGAGAUCAUCGCCAAGGCAGAAUCCUCUCAGUGGAACGCCAACAACACAUUUAACCGACAGUACAGCGACCCGCAGCAACAACGUUGGUUCCCCGCGCAGAGUCAACCUUCCCAGCCGUUCGUUCCCGUCCAACCUCCGUUCCAAAACGAGAACACUGCAUUCGCACAGUUCAACAGUGCCUCGGCGUUCAACAGAUCUUACUCGAGCCCCCAUUACCAAACGAGAGCCUUCCAAGACUAUUAUAAGGGCGACAAUAACAAGCCGGCGAAACAGUCGGGUAGUUACGGCCAGGCGCAGGAAAGUUACAGCCCCCAAAAGCAGAGGUACCAAAAUGGCAGCAACAUCCUGAGGAGCAACGACUUCAUGCCCAGCUUCAAUAAUCCGGGUCGUAAACAGGAAAUAUCGCAGGGGGAACAAUGCCAGCAGAAACAAUUCCAAUCUGAAGCAAGCCCGGUUAAAGAAACGCAAAGUAACCGACAAACCGUCAAUGUGGACAUAUUGAGAACUAUCCUGAAAAUCGGGAAAAAGAGAGAGGAAAAGGACAAAGACGAUCAGAUGAGACUUCCCCCAAAACCCGACGAAAGAAAUAAAAGCGACCCUCAGCAAAACCGUGCCUCUACUAGUCAAGACACCACAAAAGAAAACAAAAACGCUCAAAGCACCCUGUUCGAUAUGUUCGCAGAAGCGGCAAAGGCGCCGGCGAGCGUUCGUUUGCUGACGUAUUACCAAUCAAACGGUCUCGGCUUGCCCCGAUAUCAGUAUUUCAAAGAGGGUGACAUGAUCCGAUCUAAGAUCACUUUGUCAAACGGCGAGUACGUCCUUGGAGCGCCGGCGGUGACAAACGAAGAGGCGAGUGAGAACGUUGCAGCUGACGUUUUGAACAUAUUCUUGAAGGGAGGUAAAACUACAACUGCUGUACUGACUGAAACUACCCCCCAAACUUCUACUGAUAAACGUAACGAACAGUAUGUUGAAAACUCGUCUAGAACUGCGGGAAGCAGCGAGAAAACUGAAAGUACAAAUUGGAGGAACACCAAGAGUACAGUAUUAAAUAAUUCGUUUGUCCCGUUACAGGCCGUAAAGGCUAUAAACAGAAGUAGUAAUGCUUCUAACAAGGGGGCUAUGAACGAAGGGGCCCCGAGAGGAAAUACUACAGAAAGGCACGAGAGCCGGGAAGUCUCUAACAGGAAUAACAGAUAUAACACGAAGGGGCAUAAUAAUUCACAGAACCGAAACAAAUCUCAGAGAAGAACUAGGAUUGCUGCAAAUUUCGACGUUUUAAAAAAUACAUCAGGGGCUCCCAAGCCCUAAUCAUGUAAGGUUUAUGUUAUUGACAGACAGAUGGUUUUUAAAUAUCAAUACUGUUGAUUUUUUAUAUCUGUCCGAUUAUUUUUUUUUGUUUAUUCAAUGUUAGAAUUAUGUUUAGACGAAAAAAUGCCAUUUUUGGCGGAAGUUUUGUAAGUAAACUGUGAUUACCGCUGUAACAGAAAAUAAAGUAUUUUUUAUGAA